AAAAAAUGUUUUUGCCGAUCGAGUUGUUGGUGAUAGUCAGUUUGAUUUCUCCUAUUUUAUGUGACUGUUCGCGAACAAUAGGGGAUGGGAAUUGGACCGUAAUUAUAUCGACCUAUAGGGCUUACGGCAUUGGAGAUAAAUAUAAUAGUUUGCUUAAUGUAACAGGUGGAAUCCCCACGCAAUGUGAAUAUGCCACUGGCUGUAAUAUAAAUAUAAAUACAAUUAAUAGUGUAAAUGAUGAAUACUUUAAAGAAGAGCUUAAGAAAAUAGUUCGAUCCUACUUAAAAGAUUAUAAAGAGGAAUCUACCACUAUAACUUACUUGCCUGUAAAUGAAAAAAUAUAUCCUGUUCCCAUAAACUAUGAUGAAGAAAUUAAGAAAGAUGCUUUAUCCACUUAUUGUCAAUAUAAAAGCGACUGUAAUAUUAAUAUAGAUAGAGUUAUGAAUUUAAAAAGAGAAUUUUAUCAAGAAACCUUCAAAAAGAUAGUUCAAUGGCACUUAAGAAAAUAUCAAUUGGAUCAUACUGUAGUGACUUAUUUGCCCUUUCAUGAAAAAAUAUACCCCCUUCUACUCAGUGAUGAAGAAUUUCAAAAAGGUUUCUUCAUCAACAAAACCUACGACAUUAUUUAUUUGUGGAAUACAGACAUGCUCGUUUUUUGCUACGACAGUGCUGCCAUAGAGUCUGUUUUGAACACAAAGAAAUCCACCCAUUACGUAACAUUCUGGAUACGUGGUUGGUCCAUUACAUUACAGCGACAUGAAGAAAAGAUGUGGUCUUCGUGGAAGACGAACCAAGACUACGUGUUUCUUGAUAAUGGUACUCAAUGUGGGGAGUCGAUGCCAUUCUCGAAGUUGGCUUCACUUAUAACUCCAGACCUGCCAGAUGCUUCUCCAGGUUGUGAUGCUAAUCCAGAAAAUUUUGAGUGGAGUGAACUCAACACGAAGCGAUAUAAUGGUUCUGUAGUUUCUGAGAGCCCCAUCGAACCAUCAGAACCAUCAGUCUUCGCAAUAAUCAGCAUGGUUUUCUGUGGUAUCGGUUUCCUUAUAAUACUCUUUUUUAUAUGGAAACGUUUACGUUCUUAUUCCUUUUAUUUACAAUGCUGUAGAAAAGCUGAGCAGGAACCAGAUCCUAGACAGUCUUCGUUUGUUAAACCAAUAAUAAAGAAUGACCUACUGAGUACUUUAGAUGUAAGACCUUUGGAAGUACAUAAGUAUUAUGAUGUAGGAAACAUAAAAGUUAAAUACUACGAUCUUCAGGGAAAUAGAAUUAGAGUACAAGUUAAUGAGCAAAACCCAUUUACACCUCAAUAUGAUUACGCAUAUGGACACGCAAUUCGUCCAAAUAUAUCAGAAACAAAAUAGUAGUUAAAAUUUACUAAGUAUAUUUUGAGAUGUGUUUCAUAUACCAUUCUUAUGUAUUCUGUUCCUCUCCUAUUGGAGAUUGGAAAUAAUAGACGGUAUUCUAAUCUUAUUUAUUGCUGUUUAAACUCUUUUAAAAAGGAGAUUAAUGGUGCCAUCAAAGAUUCUUAUCCUCGUUCCUUGAGCUCUUGGCAGGGCAUUCUGAUACUCUAAAUAUUAUUAGCUAGAUAUUAGCUACCUCCAUUCAACAAAUGGACGGCUUCAUUUAGAGAUUUUUUCAUCAGAGUCUCCAUUUGGUCUGUUCAUCUUUUUAAAGAUCUUCCUCCUGGUCUUCAGCUGUCUACCUUUCCUUCUACUGCCAAUUAUUUCAUAGUCCUCGAUCUAUUGUUUAUGAGCUUAUGCUUGGUUCCCUUUUUGUAGUAGCAUCUCUUUUUGGUUAAGUUUUUCUACCAUUGAUAUGUUGGUUCUAUGUUAUAUCUAGGAUAUACGCAAAAUUCUUUUGUAGACCCAUGUUUCGAAAACUUGGAUCUUAUUUCUUUCAAUUUUUUUGAGAGUCCAAGUUUGAGCUGCAUAUAUAGCUAUGGAAAAAAUAAGAGCAUAGACGUCUCAAACCAGAAUAGAAUGGCCAAAAGCUUGGAGUUACAUAAUGUUUCAAUAAUGAAGAACACAAGAACGGUAUAGACACCUACGGGACCUGAUUAAAGGGAACAACAUUAUUGAAGCAGCAGCAAAAGAUCAAACAGGAACAAAUACUUGUGCACGAAGAAAUUAUUGGUUGGACGAAUGCAAUAAUGUAACAUAAGGAAAAAAUGAAGCCUACAGAAAAAUUCUUACGACCUAGAACAGCUACUGUAAAGAUUUACCAGAUAAUCAGUUAAAAGGGAAAGAGGAUACAUAAAAUAAAGAAACGAAACUACUUAACUAUAGAACUGAAAUGUAUACAAAAUUGUAACAAAGAGAAACAGCAACAGAAAAAAAUUUAAGGUUACCCCAAACAAAUGCAGAAGUCUGAAUGGUGACCUAUUAGCAACAAGGAAAGAUGUAUGGAAUCGAUGGGUAGAAUACUUUAACUGGGUACUUAAUAUAAAGGAAGAAUGAAAACCUGGAAAACAAGAUAUGAGGUAAGCGGAACAGACGAAAGGAAGAAGAACAACCAACGAUGGAUAUAGAAAUUCCUCGUCAGUGGGGGAAUGUUGUAACCACAGAGAAAUUUCGACCAUUUAUGCAUAAUACCUAUGCACAUCGAAUAAUAGAAAACUACCAGGCUGGUUUCGGAGAUGGUAAAUCAACAAUUUAUAUUAUAAGACUUUAAAGUUCUCGUUGGAACUUUACCGCGCUGAGCAGAUGGGACCUGAAUUAAUAUAAAUUGUAAAAUUCCCUCAUCUUCCUUAGUCUCAGCAUCCGUUAUGGCUUGCAAAUUUUAGAAGCCUCGGAGGUGUAACCGGAGAGGGUUCCCAUUGUUUUCAGUCUGGUGGGAUGUAGGGUAACAUUAUGUUGUUUUAUAUGCCACUAGAUUGAAAACUUAGUCUUUUGCUAGCAGUUGCCGCUAGGGCAUCUAUGCCAUUUCGUUCGUUGCAAUCCGUGACUGCACGCUGGGAUUUGUUUUAGUUGGAUCAGAGGGAGCAGCAAAUGUGCCUCCUGAUAAGAGACUAAUAAGUUUCAAAAGCGGUUGAGGUGCUUGCUGCACUCUCUGAUUGGAUCAGAAUAUGGUGCGGCUGUAUUGUCGUUUUGCAACGAAAUUGAAAAUGGUUAUUCAUUUUUGAAUUCAUAUUUUCUUUCCCCUUCAUUGAUUAAAAAAAAAACAAUAUUAUUUCUAUUUUUUAAUCAAAUAUGAGGGGGUAGGCGUAAAAUCUUGGUCCAAUGCUAUUUAAAUGCAUUAAUUUUUUUCGAAUCCUGAGAAAACUAAUAAAUAUAAUAUUUAAAAAAUUUAAACGCAGAAUAAAAGAUUACAUUAUUACCGAUGGUUGAAAGUCCCUGAGAAUAAACAAAAGGUUUCUUUUGAAUGAAAUAUUUGAAAUGAAAAAUCCGACAAAAUUUUCUCUUUUUUUUCACCCCUGUAACUUAUUAACCCGCGAGUAGUCGCCCGGUGAGAUAGAAUCUCAAUUUUUAUCGUUUUUCGAGAUAACUUGAUGAAAAAUUUUGCAAUUUUGAAAAAAUUUCGUAAGUGUCUCGAGGAAGGGUGUAGUAAUGCGUAGGAAUUUUUUUUCUUCUUCUUUUUGUGGAAUUUGUGGCUUUGGGGAGAGCCAAUUAGCUUUAACCCGCGAGUAGUCGCGCCGUUAGAUAGAAUCUCACAAUUCAUCCUUUUUCGUAAUACAGUAAAUCCUGUCAGUAACGGCCACUAAAAAUGAAAGAAAUAUUGGCCGAUAUAGAAAGGUGACCGCUAUUGCCAGUUUUUGUAGUCUACAUAUAAUUGAUUUGGGAAAUUUUUAAACUGGCCGUUAGGACAGGUGGCCGAUGUUGGCAGGUGGCUGUUAACACAGGUUUUACUGUAAAGUAAAAUUUGUCAGUAACGACCACUAAAAAUGAAAGAACUAUUGGCGGAUAUAGAAAGGUGGACGGUAUUGCCAGUUUUUGUAGUCUACAUAUAAUUGGUUUGGGAAAUUUUUAAACUGGCCGUUAGGACAGGUGGCCGACGUUGGCAGGUGGCCGUUAAUACAGGUUUUUUUAAUAAAAUUGUUGGAAAUAUAAAAAGUAGAUAAAAAUAGUACAAAAUAAACAUUUGUUUUAAAUUCGUAUUUUGAGAUAGAAUCUCACACGCGACUAUCGACGUUACAGAAGUGAGCGCGACUACUCCCGGUUUAAAAUAAACAUUAUAGAUGUUUUCAGGAACUUUUGGCCAUCGGCAAUAAUUCAGUCUUUCAAUCUGCGUUUACAUUUUUCAAAAAUCUUUAUUAGUUUUCUUAGUAUUCGAAAAAACUGAAUGCAUUUAAAUAGCAUUGGACCAAGAUUUUGCGGGGUAUGCUUUCUUAACUGCAUCAUAUAAAUCUUUAUAUUUAUUUUGUUUUGAUUUCAAUGCCAUUUCUUCUAAAGUAUAAAUACGACUUACUAACUAAAUAGAAAACAAUAUUUUAUUUCUAUUCGUUCUUUCAGAACUGUUAUUUCACACACAGUAUGCAGCACAUAAAUAAACUAACAAUUUAAUAUGUUUUUGCUUCCAGACGUUGUUCUGUAUAUAGAAGCGAUUGUUUAAACCCAAAGAACAAUGUUUUUUUGUUUGGUGUCCUGUACAAAAGUGCUACCUAAUAUUAUUUUAACGCCGUGACUGAUAAAAACGAAAUGAACAGUAUGCGAUAAAAGUAUCUAUAAUAGAAUUAUUCUUUUUAAUUUUAACAAAGGUAUAUUUAUUCGUAAACGUUUUGUUUUAUUUUCAAUUUCAUAUCAAAAACUAUACGUUUUUAUAUGAAUAUCUGAUACUUUAAUGCUGGUAGAAACUAGUAAAAAAUUAUUUUUAUAGACACAAUAGCGACAAAUUUAAAUAUACCAAUAUAUUAAACGACGUCGAAUGGGCACUCAUACCCCCCUCCCCCUGUCGUACUCCGUCGUAAUAAGCAAGCCCCCCUCCCUCUUCUCAACGACGUAGCUUAUGGAUGACCUUAUAUCUUAAUUUUUUCAUGGUCUACCUUUUGUUAUCAAUUUAAAUGCCUUGAUCGACCCCUGGGAGAGAAGAGUCCAAUCCCUGUUAAAUAUAUUUUUUAAUAAUAUAAUUAAUUAAAUGAUUCUGGCCUUGUGGAAAUCCUCCCUUGGGCCAAAAAACUCCAACUUUGAAGCGAUGAGUUGUAUAGUAACACACUCCGUGAUUUUGAGUCAAACACAUUUUGAAUCUUUCCACACCCUGGAUUCAUGUAUUUUAAAAACAAUCUCAUAGUUGUAACUGGAAAAGCUGAAAUAAAAUAUUUUAUUCCAUUUGUGUUUGGUUUUCCAAAAACUUAUUAAGUAAAAAAGUUAAAUAUGGAAGGAAUAAAAGAAAUACUUUUAGAAUUCGAUAUAAAAAAUACCAAUGCCAAAACAAUAGGAACCAAACUCAAUCACCCUAUUUAAUAAAAUUUACAUGCCUAUGUACAAUCGAACCAAUAACUCCAUAUUAUUGUAAAUAUUAUUCCAUUGAAAUCAACAGUUGUUGUAUUUAUCGACAUUUCCACCCAUAGAGAAGCAACAAAAUUUCCGAUGCAAAUUUCUGCAUAUUCAUAUUUGCUCUAUACAUACAACAGACUGACAGUUUCCAUCAACAGGAAGGAGUAUAUUGUAACUGUAUAUUACAUGUUUAAAUUCACGUAAUAACAAUUUCCCGAUGCCAAAUUUUUACAUUUUUUGAAAAUAUGCCAUGCUGUCUACAUUUUAUUAUUAUUCAUAUUCAUAUUUACAAAAAAAAUAAUACCAAUAAACGCAGUUGAGUGUGUGCAUGGUUGGGAUAUUAACUGCAAAACCUAUGGUUUCAUUCACCUAACCAUAUUUGACUUUGAUUCUUAGUGUUAAACGACAUGACUUUAUUUAUUGUUAAAUAAAAACACUUAUAUUUAUUUGAAUAAAAAUACUUACUUCAUA